AUGAUCAUUGUCGCGGUGGAUGGAGUUGGGAGUGGCGGAGCCCCGUACGCCCUUGACGGCAUUGAGGUCGGCGUCGCCAAGGAUGUCCCAGUCGGGGCAGUCGUCAUGUGGCUUGGAGAGGCGGAGCCCAGUGGAGACAUCUGUGAAGAUGGUAAGUACAGCGAAUUCCCGAAAUUGUGGAAGAAGGAAACAAUCUCCCCGGUAGUGCGCGGCGUCCGCCUGGGGAUCGUCGCCGCCGCAGCUGGGAGUGAGGAUGGUGUGAAUAUGGCUGCCAGUUUCGUUAGGUGUAGGCAAAUCAUCCUUUGUGAAUCCCAUCAUGACACGGCUCUUGAGGCAGAUGUUGCAGGGGUCGAAGGGAUGAGUGUCGAACUUGGAGUCGGGGGCGUCAGUCAGGAAGGCCUGAAGUGGGGACUUGGGAGAUGA